CUAGAUCUUUGUUCUAUAACUACCUCGUACAUCUGUCCAUCCGUAAAUACCCCAGAAAUGCCCUCCCAAGUUGAUCCUACCACUAUUCUGCGCGCCCUGUCCCUCGAUGCUAAAUCCGCCACCAUCACCUCUCAUGGUGGAUCUGGCUUCGCCAGCACUUUCCGCAUCACUACCCCAAACAACACAAUCUUUGUCAAGACGUCCUCAUCAUCUGGGGCUGCCGUCAUGUUCCAGGGGGAGCAUGCUUCACUUAAUGCCAUUCACGACGCAGUUCCCAGUUUAGCCCCCAAGGCCUUGGGGUGGGGUGAGGUGUCCCCUGCCAAAGGGUCUCGAGGCACUUUUUUCCUGGCGACAGAAUUCCUCGAGCUGGGUGGUGGCAUUGGCAGGUCCAGGGCCACGGGAAGCUCAAGUGGAAGUGGUCUAUCGCUGGCGCAGAAAUUGGCCAAGUUACAUUCGUCGCCAGCCCCGAUUCCACAAGGUUUCGACAGGCCACAAUUCGGUUUCCCCGUCACCACCUGUUGCGGCGAUACCCCCCAAGACAACACUUUCACCUCUUCGUGGGCAGACUUUUUCGCGAAUCGCCGUCUUCUUAUGAUCCUGGAAAGGGGCGAAAAAUCUAAUGGAAGUGACCCUGAGUUGCGGACCGUCGUCCAACGCACUGUCGACGAAGUCGUUCCCAGGCUCUUGGGCGAUGGUCAUCUCGGUGGUAAAGACGGCAUAAUCCCCGUCGUGGUCCAUGGCGAUCUGUGGUCGGGCAACAAAGGGAAAGGAAUCUUUCUCGGUAGGGAUCAGCAAGGGCAGGGUGACGCCAUUGAAGACGUUGUCUUUGACCCCAGUGCUUGCUAUGGUCAUAACGAAUAUGACUUUGGGAUCAUGAACAUGUUUGGUGGCUUUGGAUCCCAGUUCUGGUCUCAUUACCACGAUAUCGUUCCAAAGACAGAGCCUGUGUCUGAAUACAACGAUCGUGUCAGCCUCUACGAGUCGUAUCACCAUUUAAAUCAUUGGGCUAUAUUUGGUGGUGGAUAUAGAAGCGGUGCUAUGAGUAUCUUGAAGGGUCUGCUCAGAAAAUAUGGGGACCAAUCUUGAUUGGGCUGGACUGGGACCAUCAUUCACUCUGACUGGCGAUAUUUUCAAACCCAAUCCGUCCUUUGCCAGCACAGAUGGCCAACCUCAAAUCAAUUCCUCCUCCAUUACAGCACCACUGUCUCCUCAUCCACCACUCCAAAGAACAGCUGCAUGGGGUCUUUAUACUGGACAAACCCACAGAAUGGCGGAGACAUGCCGUAUCCCAACAAUCGUUGAGCUUUGACUGGCAAUUCUUUCGCCUUUUCUGGGGGAACCAUGAAAUACUGGUUCUCCACUUGCCGGUACAUGCCUUUGCAGAGGAAUAUCCCCACUGUCUCACGGGCUUGGUCCCUGCCUCAUGUCAGUUUUUCUGAGCCAUUCUUUCAAGGUGCCCCAAACUUACGUAGUCACAUUGCCACCGCCGGCAUGGUACGUACCGCCGAGGAAUAGACAGGCAUCACCUGGCUCAAGCUCGGCAGGCACGGCCUCCUCGUCCAGAGGCACUCUCUCAUCAUCCCAGCGAUGACUUCCUGGAAUCACAAUAGUGGCGCCGUUCUCCUUGGUCGUCUUGGUCACAGCCGUGACACACCCGAUUAGCAUGGGCCGAUCGAGGCCAUGGCGAAUAUGAUAAUCGAUUUCAUCACGAUGCAGACCUUGCUGCUUACCGCCGGGGUUGACUUGGAACGCUACCGUGCUGGAAAUCUGGGGCUUGGAUACCGACGUAUGCUUAGUCUGGCCCACAAAAUACGUGAAUGUAUCGGUGAGAAAAUGCUCCGCCACUGCAUUGAACAGCGGAUGUAAAGCCAGGUCCACACAGCCCGGCGAGAUUGACAGCAGUCCAGUGGCCCGUCGUGUCGUGCUUGGAAAGAAGCCGGAUUGAUCCCCAGCAUCGCUGGUAAAGUGUGGUUUGAGGUCCAAGUGGAUCUGGUGUGCAGCCGCUGAGGGGAUCAAGUGCCUGAUAACGACGGCUCCGUCGUCUUUGAGAAUGGAAAUCACUUUCUCUGCUGUCGUUGUCGGGUCUGUCGCUGACACUCGCACUAAACCCCUGGUCGUGUCGCGUGGCGGCGACGUCAUGGUGAAGAGUUGAAAGGUACCUGGGAUUCACGAGGAGGCAAACGACUAACUAGUGAACCAACCAAUACUUUGAUAUUCAAGGAUUGACCAAGACUAAUACAAGAUAGGUUGAUACGUCGCUGCAC